UCGGUGUCGGACGGACACAGCUGAGCCGGCCUCCUGUGCAGACGACCACCCGAGGGAGAGAGGACGUACAAUCAUCAUAACAACAAUGUUUUCCCGAGUUGCAAGACCACAGAAUGCCAAUGCUUUUGGCCAACUCGUAAAGAACUUCUCAACGACUAAUGUUGCAAACAGGAAGGUAGCUGUGAUGGGUGCCAGUGGAGGUAUUGGACAGCCUCUCUCCCUUUUGCUGAAGAACUCUCCUUUAGUGACACAGCUUUCUCUUUAUGAUAUUGUCCAUACUCCUGGCGUAGCUGCAGAUUUGUCACACAUUAACUCUGCUGCAAGAGUUCAUGGCUACGUUGGACCUGACCAGUUGGCUGAUUCUUUGAAGGGCAGUGAAGUAGUUGUGAUUCCUGCUGGUGUUCCACGCAAGCCAGGCAUGACGCGUGAUGAUCUUUUUAAUACUAAUGCCUCAAUUGUUGCUAACUUGGCCAAAGCCUGUGCUGAGAAUUGUCCAGAGGCCAUGAUUUGCAUUAUUUCGAACCCAGUUAACAGCACCGUGCCAAUUGCAUCUGAAGUAUACAAGAAAGUUGGAGCUGAUCCUAGCCGCAUCUUUGGUGUCACCACCCUUGAUAUUGUGCGUGCCAAUGAAUUUGUGGCUGACCUCAAGGGCCUGGAUCCUGCCGCAGUGAAUGUUCCUGUAAUUGGAGGCCAUGCUGGCAUCACCAUUAUCCCACUCAUCUCACAGGCCACACCAGCAGUUUCUUUCCCAGAUGACCAGCUAAAGGCUCUCACAGAGAGAAUUCAGGAUGCUGGUACAGAAGUAGUCAAAGCAAAGGCAGGUGCAGGUUCAGCCACACUGUCCAUGGCAUUUGCUGGUGCUCGUUUUGCAUUUUCAAUGAUCCGAGCCCUAAAUGGAGAGGCAGGUGUUGUUGAAUGCGCCUAUGUCAGGUCUGACAUAACUGAAGCAACCUACUUCUCGACCCCAAUUGUUUUUGGACCCAGUGGCAUUUCAAAGAACUUGGGGUUGGGCAAAUUGUCUGCAUUUGAGGCUGGUCUUGUGGAAGCUGCUAUUAAAGAACUUAAAGGAAGUAUCAAGAAGGGUGAAGACUUCGUUGCAAAAAUGUAAAGAUUGUACCAAAAAUUAAAAAUGACGCAUUGCAGAAUUGCAUUGCAGAAUUCCAUGUUUAUAUGUGAGGGAACCUUAGAAAUAUUUUUAUGAAAAUAGAUGUAAUUGUUAUUUUGUUGAUAGAAUUUUAUAUGAAUAUUUAGUACUUCUUAAUAGGGAUAUGAUCACAUAUAACAUUUAGUUUACAACAGAAAUGUAGAUUAAAUCAUGGCAAUGAACAUAAGACCUAGUUUGGUAUGCAUAACCAGUAAUGUACAUAGAAUUGUUU